AUGGAGCUUGCGAGACUGAUCAACGGAGCGAGAACGAAGGCGAUCCUCUGUGCCCUGCUUGUGAUUGUUCUGAUGGCGAAUCGAGUUGCUGGACAGUAUGACGGCAGAGGAUCGGACAUGGUGGAAGGGCCUCGGGUCGAGAGGAUGCACCCGGAGACGUCGGGCGGCUGCGUUGGCGCCCAUUGCCUGACCCAAAACUCCGAGGGACCGGUGGGAGCCAUGUGGUUCGGUCCCCGGCUCGGCAGGCGACGCCGAUCCGACAAGUUCACCCCCAAGAAGAUCGAGGCCCUCAGCGAGAUGCUCGGCUCGCCCAACUGGAACCUCGUCACCAUUCCCGGCGGAGAGGACAAGCGCCAGGAGACGACGUUCACGCCGCGUCUUGGCCGUGAGCUGGAAAACGCUAUCUCAGUCUACGACCUGGUGCGAGGUCUGGUCAGCAGCGUGGACGACCAGAACGGCAAGGAUCGGGACCAGCAGGCACCGCCACCGAUGUUCCCGCCCAGGCUUGGACGUACCCUCCUCACCCCGAGACUCGAGCACGAGCUGCGCAACUUGCUGCGAAAGCUUCAGAUGCAGUAG